GUUGAGGAAGGCGAGGCCAGACAAAGCAUAUAUAAGUGACAGCAUGUCUAGGACGUUUUCAGCAAGACGUGCAUGGAUUUCGAAAGAAAUACCUUCUGUGGAGCAGGUCACAGAGAAGUACCCAGCAUUGAUGCUGACCACUAUGGUUCGAAGUGAGUUUCACUCACAAACAGGAAUUUGCUUGUUGGGAACGCUGCAAGAUGUGUUCUCAAUGACUUCCACCAAAAUUAUUGAGGUGGCCAAGAAGAAGCACCACCUGGAGCAUUUCUUUGCCUCCCUUGAUGAGGCAAUGAGUGCCGCACAGCCUCUCCACAAAGACCUGAAGCUUACAGCUUCAGUUCGUGUCCUUUCAAGCCUCGUGAAGGAGAGGAUGGAGGCUUUUAUUUCCCCCUACCUGGAAUCAAUAAAGAUUGAUGAAGAUGGCCUUGUCCCUGCCCUGGCAACGCACAUUGCCCUGUACUGGGCAUUUGACAUUGUUUUUGCACCAAAAGCGCAAAAAACAUUCGACCUAAUAUGCCGCAUGGUCGGCAUUAACAGCGGUGUGCGGCCAACUCCGCUUCUGCGUGUGGCACACACGUUGCAGCAGUAA